AUGUACUACACUUCCUGACCAGAGAGCACCUUCCUGGAUACCAUGAUACUGCAACCCACAUGAGCACUUCAUCUGCUGUUGUCUUCUUCUGUGCGGUUUGUUGUGCACCUCUUACAGUGUAUGUGUGGCAACAACAUGUCUGUGCCGCUGCUCGCCGAGGCUGUGACGGUGUCCGGGAAGGAGAGGGAGACCGCGGCGGUUAUCUUCCUUCAUGGGCUGGGGGACUCAGGGCAUGGGUGGGCAGAGUCUUUGACAGGGAUCCAGCUGCCUCACGUCAAGUUCAUCUGCCCCCACGCACCCCCGAUCCCCGUCACUCUCAACAUGAAGGCGAUGAUGCCCGCGUGGUUUGACCUCAUGGGUCUCAGCCCCGACUGCCAGGAGGAUGAAUGUGGAAUCAAGAAGGCAGCAGAAAACAUCAAGGCCAUAAUCGAGCAUGAGGUCAAAAAUGGGAUCCCCCCACAUCGCAUAAUGCUCGGUGGCUUCUCUCAGGGUGGGGCCUUGUCCUUGUAUACCGCCUUGACCUGCCAGCACCAGUUGGCUGGCGUCAUGGCCCUCAGUUGCUGGCUACCACUUCACAGGAGUUUCCCAACGGCGUCAAGUGGCAACAAGUACAUCCCAAUCCUGCAGUGCCACGGUGAGGUGGAUGGCAUGAUCCCGAUACAAUAUGGUUGUCUGACGGCAGAGAAACUCAGAACCAUAGUUGACCCUCAGAUGGUCACCUUCAAAACCUUCCCAGGGCUCCACCACAGCUCCUGUCCUCAGGAGAUGGCAGCUGUAAAGGAAUUUAUCGAGAAGUAUUUGCCCCGAAUCUGACCUCAUCUCAUCCCCACUGUGACCCCCUGAGACACUGACCUCUCACCCCCGAUCUGCCAUUCUCCCACAGGAAACAGCCAUGAGCACCCCUCUUCCACACACAUUGGCAACAUGACAAACACGCAUGCAAACACACACAGACAGACAUAACAAUCAUGAUUUGAUCCACACUGCUAAACAAAACACAUGCUUCUCCAUGCAAUUAAAUCCAACAACACUCGUACUGAAAACAGAUCUGUCAAACACUGAUUUGAUUAUAACAUCAUUAAGUGCUCACACUCACAAGUCUUAGCCUUUCGGAGGGAGAAACACUGACUCACACAAUACAUUCCCUUUGGUUUUAUUUUAACAGCUUCUUUCUGUCACCUCCUCCCCACUUUAGUUUUUCUCCUCUUUUACCUUGUUUUGCCUCAUCCUAUCCUCCAGCUGUCACAUCCUCCAUUGCUUCCACUGCCACACCUUUCCCUCUUUCAUCGCUGUGCCAGUUUGUAAGGCGUUUAGUGGAAAACCGACCGUGAGAUUUCGUUGGAUAAGCAGGUUAACACCUGCCUAAUACUGUCAGUGACCAAACCCAAGCGCUAUCAGACUGGACAUCAUUUUCCAGUCUUUUCUGUGUGGCGAGACAUGUUUGCUGCUUGUUGCAAAUUGACCUCUUUUGGUUUAAUCUGACUGAACUUUUACAUUUGAACUCUUGCGGCUCUCUGAUGCCAAGCCAAUUUGACAGAAAAUAUUGGUUGUUUGUAGUCUCCCAUUAAUAAAUACUUGCAGCAGAGAAGAGGGGACACUUUAGUGUGUGCUAAGACACUAACAAAGUGAUAAAACCAUAGACUGUAUAAAAGAAGUGGACGUAGCCACGGUGACGUCACCCAUUGGUUUGUAGGCUACCGUUUUGGCCCCCAGAAGUGCACCAGGCUGUGAGCCAAUUUCCAUAGUGGCCAAACAAUGUAAGUACAUUUGUCACGUGAUGCUGUUGGGCCCAAAAAGACGUUUUCUCAUAGACUUACAUGGCAAAGGAGAAGUCUGUAAAUCAGUGAAUACUGAGCUUAAAAAAAAAACAACCUGAAAUGACUCGUUUCACUAUCAGAAUUUGAUCCGUUUGGUCGGACAACAUUUGGAAAGUCGAUAAGAGCUGCGUAAUUGAAUCAUUUUGUCCCAAUUCAAGUUACCAGAGGGCUAAACUGGAAGUAGCUGGAAGUACUGCGGAAGCAGUGCUGAUCGUCCAGGUAGUUUUAUAUGUGGCAGUUGAACUUUUUUGACUCCAUGCGCUACUGAGCAACUUUCAGAGGAAUGAACGGGAUCCCGCCUCCAGUUCUCUUUAUACAUCCAUACUCGAAUUAGGCAUUUUGGCUAUCACCAUCUUGAUUUUUUUGGAGCCAGAAGUGACCAUAUUUGGACGAGAGGGUGGAGCUGUUGAGGAGUGAGGGGUCGAUCUGACCAGAGCCAGAGGGAAAUCACAAGUUGGCUACUCUAAAUGGGACUAUAAUUAAACAAACAAACAAACAAAAAAAAACAUAAUAGGUGUUUUCAGACCAUGGGAAUUUUUCCAGAAUUUUAAGAACCCCCCUUUUUUACUGUGUUCACCUGCAAGAUCUAGGAAUGAUGUAGUUCUUAGAACACUGUUUCUGAGGGACUCAGGUAAGCAGGAUCAUUUUCAAGUUGCCCCUUGCUAACCAUUAGAAAGAAUGCACGUCCAUUAUUUUAUACAGUAUAUGGGUAAAGCCCUUAACAUGCUAUUUCCUGACCCCCCCCACCCCCCGAUUUUUUUCUACACCACACAAGCAAAUUUUGCCAAUUCAGUCUGACAGCAGCUUCAGUUCAGUGUUGGAGCCCAACAGAGUCUGACUCAUGUUCUGGUUUUAGAGCUGGAGCAGCUGGUUUCCUACCAACCCACUCAUCCCACUGCCUACCACCCCAUGACUUGUACACUGCAGCCUGUCCAGGUCUUGUAUAGCUAAUCUGUCUUUUCAUUAAAGCACCAACAUCCACGAGGGCCUCACAUAUAUUUCUUAAUUUCUUAUUUUUUUUUAAUUAAUGUGAUAAAAUAUCAUGAAUUAUUUGAAGAAAAUUAAAUUGAAAUAAAAUAAAACUAAUCAAUCGAUGCUUUUGCCAUCCUGUGCUGUUUAUUUCAAAACUUCCACACCUGCAUGUUUUUUUCUGCCUUGUGAUUCUUUGUUAACUUUUUUUUUUUUUUU